CCGGCGUUGAGGAAGUCAAGUGUACUAAAGGGUUUGGAAAACCGGAAUCCGAUUCCUUUGGAGUUCUUUGUACAUAUCUCAGUAUUUUGUGAUUAAAAACAAUCUUUAUAAAUAUUAAACAAUUGUAUAUAAAAUGCCGAAACUUAAUUUUUCUCGAACAAUUGAUAAAGAAAUAUGUGAAGACGAAUCUCUAUCUUCUGAUUAUAGUAUUACUAAAAAGAUUACCUUUUAUUCUCGAAAUGAUCUGUCAAAAAAUUUGACUUAUGAUGAUUGUAAUGAAAUUUUACAAGUCUACAGUAUACAACAAAGUAAAAUAUAUGAUCAGUUGCAAUGUUAUACGGGCAAUAUGAAGAUUACUAUUAAAGACAAAGCUAAUCCACAAAUUAAUCAAGACAGUCUUCAAUUACUGAAACAAACUUUUGAUGCUUUGUUGAUUUACACUAAGCAACAGAAACGUCUACGAUUGUUACAUCAAGAAAUUCAAAAAAAUACACAAAAAAGGUGCAUGAAGGAAGUUUUUCAUCGAUGGAAACAAUUUACUAAUCGUGCCAAACUAUUGACUCUUAAAAAAAAGGAUGAAUACAAAUUACAAGAUAUGAAAAAAAUUGAAUCAUUUAUAGAAGCCAUCAACAAUCGUCAGAAAUGUUUAAAACAAGAAUACAAAAGCAAAAACUUUGGUAAUUCAUCAACUGAUAAUGCUGAAAAUGAUCACAUAAAUAAAAAAAAUCAUCAACAAAGUAAUUACUUAGAAGCUAAUAAAAAAAUAAUUGCUGAGCAAAGAAUGAAGUUAGCAGAACAAAAUCGUAUAAUUGAAGAAAUGAAAUUGAAAAAAAUUCAAGCUGAAUCAAAGUUAGCUGAAAUAGAAACUUUGAAUGCAGUUAAUGGUGCAAUCACAAAUUGUAAUGGACGAUCACGAAAAAUUUUAAGUAAUUUAAUAAAAGCUCGCAAAGAAAAUAAGACUGAAGAUUUGGUUGAAAAUACUGUAAAUACUCCCCAUUUUUUAAUCAGAAUGGAAGCUAGAGCUGCAAUGAGAAGAGAGCAAAUUCAAAGAAGAAAUGAAGAACGUAAAACGAAAGUCGAACAGCAGUUAAAACUUGAACAAGCCAUGAAAAUAGAUGAAGAGAAAAGACGUAAAAAAUUUGAAAAAGAAAGCAGAGAGAAGGCUAAACAAUUAAAGGCACAACAAGAGGAGGCAAAGAGGAAAAGACUUGAAAAAAUUAGAGUUCAAAAUGAAUUAGCUGAUAAUUUUUAUAGGAGAUAUUUAUUGAAAAGCUUUGGGAUAAGACCUUUUAUUCAAUAUUUACAACUGAUGAAAAAACAGUACAAUAAUAGAAUAAUGAAAAAAAUGUUUUUAUGUUGGAAAUAUAACACUGAUAAACAAAUAAAUGAGAAAUCAAAUUUUUAUGAAAAUAUUUAUGAGCAGAAAUUAUUGAAAAAUAAUUUCCAGUCGUGGCGAAUAUUAACGAUAAAUAGGAUUGAAAGGAGGAGAACAAUCGAAAAGCAUUACAGUUCUCGUCUUCAAAAAUACUUUUUUAGUAAAUGGAUAUCUGUGACAGUAUCACUGAAAAUUGUCAAUAUUGAAAACUAUCGUAAGGCUGAAAAUUUCGAUAACAACAAAACAAUGUCUAGAUAUUUCAAACUUUGGAGAAAAUAUAUACAAGUUUUAGAUAAAAUUAAAGAUAGUGAUAAAAGGAAAAGUUUACUAAGACAACUUGUGUUAACAGUUAUUCCAGAUUUUGCUCCUGAAGUGAGAGGUGUUUGUAUUGAUGAUUAGAUAAAAAAUAUUUAUCUAUUUGAUUACUUCUAUUUAUUGUAAGAAUUUUCACUAUUAAUAUUGUAAAUAUUACACAAAGAACAUUUUUUUAUAUAUAUCAUC